UUAGAAGACUCUGCGACGAUCGCUAGGUGCGUCACGUCGUCCAUAUUUUGGUUUACUCAGAGAGAAGUAUAAAGUAGAUAGGUACUGUUAUUAUACACAAAUUUAACGGCUUUUAUUAUUUUUAGUUUUAGUAAAAUAAAUUAAACGUGAAGCUCAAAAUAUAAUCGUUAUUCUGAAAAUAUAUUACAUUAAAGAUACAACCAUUCAACCUAAAGUUAGAAGUAAAUUUAUUUUCUUGAAAACAACCAUUGUUUUUUUAAUGGGGUGGAUACUACAAUUCAGAGAUCGAAACCUGUUCCUGUUUUUCGUUUCAUUUUCUACAAUUAUCACUAUCAUGCUCUUGACCAAAUCAGAUACCAAUUUUAGGGACAAAGAUAACAAAAAUUUAGUUGCGCAUAAAUUGACUGAGCUGGAAAUGCGGGUAGAUCAAUUAACUACACUAUACGACUCGAAAGACACCGAAAUAAAAGAAAUGAUGAAGCACUUUAGUCUUACGUUAAGAAGUAUAACUAAUUCUUUAAACUUAACUGUUUUGAACGCAUUUGAAACUGUGACAUCAGCUUAUGACAAAUCUGUUGAAAUAUUUAAGACACAGAUGGGAGUUAUUGAUUUAUCUACAUUUUUACCACACCUUAAAUCGCUUAGAAAUGGUUUACGACCGUUGGUAUUACAUUCUGGUGAUAGACAUUCAGUGUCAAUAGUGUUUGGUAUUCCAACUGUUGGACGUCAGCAAAAAACAUAUUUAAUCUCAACUUUAAUAAAUCUUGUCAAUAACAUGAAUGAAAAGGAAAAAAAAGACUCGUUAAUAGUUGUCAUGAUUGGUGAGACUGAUGCAGAAUAUGUACAACAAGUAACUAAAGAAAUAAAAAAUCGGUUAUCUAAUGUUAUGCAUACUGGUCUUAUUGAUGUGAUUGCUCCAUACUAUGAUUAUUAUCCAAAUUUUAGUAAAUUACGCUUAACUCUAGGCGAUUCUCUCGAGAGAGUUCGUUGGAGAAGCAAACAAAAUUUAGACUAUGUUUUCCUAAUGAUGUAUUGUCGGCCAAGAGGUUUGUUUUAUGUUCAACUAGAAGAUGACGUAGUAUCAAAACCACAAUUUCAAUCCGUUAUGAAAAAUGCUGCACUAGAGAAAAUAAGAAAUUCCGAAAAUUGGCUUAUAUUAGAUUUUUGUCGCCUUGGGUUUAUUGGAAAAAUGAUUAAGUGUUCAGAUUUACCUUGGAUUAUUCAAUUCAUUGUAAUGUUUUAUAAUGACAAACCAGGAGAUUGGCUAUUGGACGAAUUGGUACAAACAAAAGCUUGCAAUCGAGAAAAAGAUUCGAGAGAUUGUCAAAAACGUAAGGGUGAAAUAUGGGUAACUUUUAAACCAUCUCUUUUUCAACAUAUCGGAACAAAAUCAUCUUUAAACGGAAAAAUACAGUUAUUAAAGGAUAGCAAUUUCAGAAGAAAAUUUAAUAAAAGAGACAAAUGACAUGUCCCAUGAUUAGGUUACAAAUUAUCUAAAAAAAGUUAAAAUACCCAAAAAUCAAAUGAUAUGAGCAGACGCCAGACAUUAUAACUGUUAAUUACUUAUUUAUUAUCAUUAUACUACUUAUUAUCUCUGUACUAGCUUAGUGUUUUUUUAUUAAAGUUAAAUAUAACUUACAAAUUACAAUUUAACGCCACCGAUACCAAAAAAAAAGGUCGUACUAAUUAAUAUAAAUUGUUUCUUUCUUUCUAGAAACAUAUUAUAAGCUAUCGUGAGAAAAAGUGGUGGAAGUCACGUUUUCGCACAAUCUGAUGACACACCCACAGGGUGUUAUCAUACCUUAGAAAUUUAACCUGCGAAAGUGGUGUGAGUAUUGCUUUGCCUGUUUGUGUACGCUAGAUGGCAAAGGAACUUUUACGUUCUCAUAAAAACGUAUACAGCAUUUCUACUUUAACAUUUUGUUUCUCAAUUUUGAAGUUUCGUGACUUAUACCACUUUUGCUUUCGACGCUCCAUGACUAAUUUAGAUUUAGAACUGAUACUCGAGUCCCGUAAUGCAUUGAAUAAAGAUUAUUAAAAAAAUCUACUUACCAGACUUCCAAAAUACUUGUAUCCAAUACCUACGAUAUUUAUUUGAAUAUUACACCCCAUGUUCUUCACUUGUAUUAUGUUAUUUAAUAUAUGUAAUGAUUUAAAAAUUAAA